AUGGCCCUUAAAAGAAAUGUCUUCGGAGAAAGAAGCACAUCAAAGAAUUUUUCAUGGACACUUGCAAUGGAUGCGGCAUUAGUUGAUGCAUUCUUUAAUCAGUUUAACAUGGGACUUAAGGUAAAUGGCACUUUUGUUUCCAAAGCUUAUGAUAACAUUAUUGAGGAACUAGGAAAAACAUUGAAUAUGAAGAUUGAAAAGAGUCAAGUGAAGAGUCGAUGGAAGAUUUUGAAAAAACACUUCUUUGAUGCUUAUGACAUAUUUAAGAAUGGUAUGAGUGGAUUUACCAUAGAUCCAAUGACACAAUUGUGGAUGGCCGAGCCAGAUGUAUGGAAUGACCUAAUCAAGGUGAAGCCACAACCAAAGAUAUACAUGCAAACUCCUGUACCAAAUUAUGAUAACAUGGUUAUUUUGUAUGAAAAGGAUAGAGCUACGGGCAAUCAUUCAGUAACUACUUCAGAAUUGCGAAAGCGUUCAACAUCAAUUGAUGUAGAUGACUUCACUGACUCCACACAUGACAUUGACCCCACAAUGUCUCAAUUUUUAGCUCAAAAUGAAAGUAAUUUUCUAGAUGAUGAUAUAGACCUAAUCCCACCUUCACCUACUGAACAUGUAACUCCAUCUUCCCAUGGUGCUAGUAGUGGCAGAAAAAAAUCUAGGAAAACCAUAGACAAAGAGAAAGAUGUUUAG